UCCCGAAGCCCUUCCCUCCGAGCGGCCCGCCCCUUGGCUGCUUUGGAAGCCGGAAGCGGGCGAAGUCGGCCUACUGGGACUGUGGAGUCCGGGGGAGGCCUGGCGUUCCGUCCCUGCGCCCCAAACUCCGGGCCGCGAGCUCCGCCACAGUGCUGGGGGCCAUGGGUGCCCCGUGGCGGCGACCACUAGUCCUUCAGGGGCCCCCCCUGGGGCUGCUGCUACUGCUCCUGAGCGCGCCGGCUCCGGGUCGCGCUUCCCCGCGGCUCUUGGAGUACCCGGCACCCGUCUGCUCCCAGCAGGGGCUAAACUGCACAGUCAAGAAUAGUACCUGCCUGGAUGACAGCUGGAUCCAACCUCGAAAAUUGACCCCCUCAUCCCCAAAAGAUGUCCAGGUCCAGCUGCACUUUGCCCAUACCCAGCAUGGAGACUCUGUCCCUGUGGUUCACAUCGAAUGGACACUGCAGACGGAUGCCAGCAUCCUCUACCUGGAAGGUGCAGAGUUAUCUGUCCUGCAGCUGAACACCAAUGAACGUUUGUGUGUCAAGUUUGAGUUUCUCUCCAAACUUCAGCAUCAUCACAAGCGGUGGCGUUUUACCUUUAGCCACUUUGUGGUAGAACCUGGUCAGGAAUAUGAAGUGACCGUUCACCACCUGCCCAAGCCCAUCCCUGAUGGGGACCCAAACCACCAGUCCAGGAACUUCCUCGUACCAGACUGUGAGGAACCCAGGAUGAAGAAAACCAGGCCGUGUGUGAGCUCAGGCAGCCUAUGGGAUCCCAACAUCACCGUGGAGAUCCUGGAAGCCUACCGCCUACGGGUGAGCUUCACCCUGUGGGAUGAAUCUACCCAUUACCAGAUCCUGCUGAACAGUUUUCCACGCACAGAGAACCAGAGAUGUUUCAAACACAUACUGGAUAUACCUGCGCCGACACGAGAGGACUUCCACCAGCGAUCCAACUUCACGUUCACCCUACCAAACUUUAAUUGGUGCUGCCGCCACCUAGUGCAGAUCCAGCCCUUCUUUAGCAGCUGUCUGAAUGACUGCCUUAGACACUCCGCAACUGCCUUCUGCCCAAAAAUUCCAGCAGACCGGAUUGCAGAGUACGUACCCCUGUGGGUAUAUGGGUUCAUCGCAGGUAUCUCCAUUCUGCUGGUGGGCUGUGUCAUCCUGCUGAUCCUCUGCAUGACCUGGAGGCUAUCUGGGUCUCAUCAUGAAAAAUAUGGCAAUGACACCAUAGACACAGAUGUCCUGCCCACCACUGGCGUGAUGCCCCCACCACUGAAGCCCAGGAAGGUCUGGAUUGUCUACUCCGCCGACCACCCCCUCUAUGUGGAUGUGGUCCUAAAGUUUGCCCAGUUCCUGCUCACUGUCUGUGGCACUGAAGUGGCCCUCGACCUGCUAGAGGAGCAGGUCAUUUCAGAGAUGGGGGUCAUGACCUGGGUGGGCCGCCAGAAGCAGGAGAUGAUAGAGAGCAAUUCCAAGAUCAUUAUCCUGUGCUCCCGAGGUACCCGGGCCAAGUGGCAGGCCAUUCUUGGCUGGGAGGAGCCUGCCAUCCAGCUUCGAUGUGACCACCAGAAGCUUGCUGGGGACCUUUUCACAGCAGCCAUGAACAUGAUCCUCCCAGAUUUCAGGAAGCCAGCCUGCUUUGGCACCUACAUUGUCUGCUACUUCAGUGACAUCAGCAGUGAGAAUGAUAUCCCCGACCUCUUCAACAUCACUUCCAGGUACCCACUCAUGGACAGAUUGGAGGAGGUUUACUUCCGGAUUCAGGACCUGGAGAUGUUUGAACCUGGCCGGAUGCACCGCGUUGGGGAGCUCACAGGGAAGAACUACUUGCAGAGUCCCAGUGGCUGGCAGCUCAAGGAAGCUGUGGAGAGGUUCCGGGCGUGGCAGGCUCAGUUUCCUGAUUGGUUUGAGCGUGAGAACCUCUACUCAGCAGAUGACCAGGACCUACCAUCCCUGGGUGAAGAGGUGUCUGAAGAGCCACUGCUGUCACCCAGAAGAGGGAUUGUCAAGCAGAAGCCCCUGGUGCAGGUGCCUGCCACUGAGGGCCACCUGGUGGUGGAGCUGUUCACCGCUGAGGAAGGCAGAGGAGUGGCCAGGCUGCAAUCUCAGCUUCAGUUCCAGAGGCAGGUGGUGGCCCAAACCCUUCAAACCGUGGUGCUCCCCCUGGAGGCAGUCCCUCCUGCUCAGGCCAUGGAACCUGUCCCUCCUGUUGUUAGGAGCGCAGCUAGUCUGUUAGCCGUUGUGGAAGGAGAUGAGGCCUGCCCACUGCUGGAGGGCUGUGACCCUCAGCAGAACUCAGAGGACCUACCUCUCUGCAGCACCCCAAUGGCAUCGCCAGACCACCUCCUAGAGGAAGAAAGGGAACAGCUCGAAGGCUUGAUGCUCUCGCUCUUCCAACAAAGUCUGAGCUGCCAGACUCCAGAGGGGUGGGAGAGACCAGCAGUAGCCCUCAAAUACUCAUACACACCCUAUGGGGAGGGGCAGCGGGAGUCAGUGCAGUCUGACCAGGGCUACAUCUCCAGGAGCUCCCCACAACCGCCUGAUGGACUGGUGGAAAUGGAGGAAGACGAAGCAAAGCAGGACCUAGGAAAGUUGGCCAAGCAACUCCCCCCUGAGGCUCUGGAAAGCCUGAGAAGCCUCCAGCAACAGCUUUUCUUCCAAGAGCUUCAGAAGAACUCUGGCUGGGACAGUAUGGAGCCAGAGAGGCCAGUCACAUAGGGCCUCCCAGAACCAGAGCAUUGAGAGAAGGGAAUGUACACAUAUCUGUAUAUGUAUAUAUAUUCAUGUGUGAAAUGAUACCUUUAAAAUUUAGACAUCUGGAUUUUAAUGCCUAGACAUCCCUCUUAAUUUUUCUUUUUAGAACCACCUAAUUAUCUUUCAUCCCCACAAAAAUCUAUAGCCCAUUCCCAGGAGCUAUUGGCAGUGCCCUUGAGUCUCCAUUAUUCAUUUAUUCAGCAUUCAUUUUGUACCUACUAUGUGCCAGGCAUCUGAGAUACAAGGAUAAAUUGCACCUAUCAUUGGCCCUGAUCACUAAGAAAAUUAACAUGUAGUGAGAGAUUAGCAAAUAGAGGAUGGUCAUGCAAGACGUAAAGGCUGAACAGAGGCCUGCCCAGGGCUAUGAAAACACACAGAAGGAGCACCUGGCCCAGGGAGAAAUCCUGGAGUGGGUGAUGUUUGAGCUGAAGGAGAGGCUAGUUUCCUGGGCCAAGAGAUUGUGGUUGGAGAAGGCACCAGUCCCUGGAAUAGUAAGGGCUGGGAGGUGAGUGGGAGCCAGGCCCAUCAGCAAACUGCAGAUUGAGCCUGGAGAGCAAAGGAGACAUGAGAGAGGUGGUGGAGAGUUAUCCAGAGCCCAGGCUGGGAGUUGGGACAUCAGCCUAAAGGUCUGGGACUCCUUGGAUAUGAUUAGCUGUUGCCCUGCAGAAGAGGAGGCUGAGGGCCAAACAUACCUGGAAGCCACCUCAGAUCAUUUUGGAAGAAACAGGAUAGACAACUGUGAUAUGAAACUGAAUAGCAUUUAUCAGGGAGGAAAGUCUGAAGCCCUGAGCUCCCAGAGCUAUAACAAAGGCUGCUUCAGGGGCUGCUGGCUGGGAGCCCUCAGCUCCACACUGGGGUCCAACAGCAAAGUGAAUUGAGUAUGAGAUAUGGAGUGUCCAUAGCAGGGUGGGAGUGGGAGGGCAGUGAGGUUCUGGGCAGGCCCGUUGUGGGGAGAGGAAAGUGUGCCACUCUGUUCUUAAAGGUCUGAGGUUCUAAGACAAUAUUUGAGGAGAAAUGCUAAGGCUCAGAGUUUGAAGUUUUUCCCAGAAUAGCACACUGGAAAGCUGUCUGCCCGUCAUAGUGGCCUGAACAAACUAAGAGAGAAAAGGCACUGAGCCCUCCCAGCUUCCUGAGUUCCAUCUCUUCAGUAAUCCUGGAGGUGGACAUCAUUGUGUCCAGAUGCCCACCAAGCUCUGUGAAUAAGCACUUACUGAAUGUCCUGAAUCAGAGUGUGGAAUACCGUGGUGGAUUCUUCCCUUGCUGGAGUCAGGGUUCUACGUGGCAGCAGAAUGGCCCAACCAGUGUAGUCCUGGUGUCCAGAAACACUUCCAUUUGGAUUGUGUUCCCCACAAACCUUGGAUAUGAUUAGCUGUUGCCCUGCAGAAGAGGAGGCCUAGCUUUGUUGGCCUUUGAGGCCAGGUGUCUUCAAUUGGCAUUGUCCACUAUGACCCCUUUAUGUCCAGGACUGCUGCUUUUUUUUUUUUUUUUCGUAACAGCUUAAUUAUUGAGCUAUAAUUCACAUGCCAUACAAUUCACAAUUGACCCUGUGCAGUUCAGUGGUUUUUAGGAGUUCAGCAAUCAACAUAAUCAAUUUUACAACAUUUUCUUACCCUCAAAAGAAACGCAGCAGCCCUUAAUCAUCACCCCUAAACCCUCUAACCAUCCUGUCCCUAGGCAACCACUAAUCUUUCUGUCUGGAUUUGCCUGUUGUCAGUGUCAUAUAUAAUGGAAUCAUAAAGUUCCCCAGGCUUCUUGAAUCUC